AGUGGCCGCGGCGGCCGGCGAGCCCGGGACGCCCGAGCCUGCCCCGAGCCUCGGCGGAGCGGAGCGGCCUCGGCGCUCCGGUGUCCCGCUCGGUCCCUGCUGCACCCCGCCGCCUCGGAGCCCGGGGGACGGCGGCUCCCGCGGCGGCCCCGGCAUGACUCGGCGGCGCUCCGCUCCGGCGUCCUGGCUGCUCCUGUCGCUGCUCGGUUAAAAAGUGCUUUAUGUCUGAUCACCCCUCCCCUUUCAACCCAAUUACAUCUGGCUGGUCUGUUUAUUAUUCUUGCCGUGCAAUCAAUCAUCCUUUUCACAGGUGUUGCGGUGUCCCUGGAAGUGUCUGAGAGCCCUGGCAGUGUCCAGGUGGCCCGGGGCCAGACAGCCGUCCUGCCGUGCGCCUUCUCUACCAGUGCUGCUCUCAUUAACCUCAAUGUCAUUUGGAUGGUCAUUCCUCUCUCGAAUGCAAACCAGCCUGAACAGGUCAUUCUCUAUCAGGGUGGACAGAUGUUUGACGGUGCCCCCAGGUUCCAUGGGAGGGUAGGAUUUACAGGCACCAUGCCUGCUACCAAUGUCUCCAUCUUCAUCAAUAACACUCAGCUGUCAGAUACGGGCACCUACCAGUGCUUGGUGAACAACCUUCCAGACAGAGGGGGCAGGAACAUUGGGGUUGCUGGCCUCACAGUGUUAGUUCCCCCUUCUGCUCCACACUGCCAAAUCCAAGGAUCCCAGGACAUCGGCAGUGACGUCAUCCUUCUGUGUAGUUCAGAGGAAGGCAUCCCUCGGCCCACUUAUCUUUGGGAGAAGUUAGAUAAUACGCUCAAGCUACCUCCAACGGCCACUCAGGACCAGGUCCAGGGAACAGUCACCAUCCGGAAUAUCAGUGCCCUGUCUUCGGGUCUGUAUCAGUGUGUGGCUUCUAAUGCCAUCGGGACGAGCACUUGUCUCCUGGAUCUCCAGGUUAUCUCACCCCAGCCCCGAAGCGUUGGAGUAAUAGCUGGAGCUGUCGGUACCGGUGUGGUUCUCGUCAUCAUUUGCAUCGCGCUGAUUUCAGGGGCGUUCUUUUACUGGAGAAGCAAAAAUAAAGAGGAGGAGGAGGAAGAGAUUCCUAAUGAAAUCAGAGAGGAUGAUCUUCCACCUAAAUGCUCUUCUGCCAAAGCAUUUCACACAGAGGUAUCCUCCUCAGAAAAUAACACGUUGACCUCUUCCAAUACCUACAACAGUCGAUACUGGAACAACAAUCCCAAAACCCAUAGAAACACAGAGUCCUUCAACCACUUCAGUGACUUACGCCAGUCUUUCUCUGGCAAUGCCGUUAUCCCAUCCAUCUAUGCAAAUGGGAGCCAUCUGGUCUCUGGUCCACAUAAGACUCUGGUAGUGACAACCAACAGGGGGUCAUCACCCCAGGUCAUGCCCAGGAACAAUGGUUCAGUCAGCAGGAAACCUUGGCCUCAGCACACACACUCCUAUACUGUCAGCCAAGUGACCCUGGAGCGCAUUGGUGCAGUACCAGUCAUGGUGCCUGCCCAGAGUCGGGCAGGAUCCCUGGUGUAGGAUGUUUGAGGAUGCUGUGUCCAGAAGAGAAUAAAUGGAAUGCCUCCCAACAAGGGGGAGAGCAGGGGUGGGUGAGUGCUGGAAAGAUAGACUUUUGUUAUGAUUACAUUAGUAAAAAAGCACCAAGAGGGUGGUGCUAUUGCCUGGCCACUGCAAUGUGUGACGCGGCCUGGAAUAUUUCGUCAUGAAGACUCAAGAAGAUUGUUUCCCCACCACAGUUGUCCUGGGAUUCAGUUAAAAAAUACUGUGUCUCAAAUGAUGUGCCAAGCCAAGGAGAUUUCUAGAAGCAGAAUAGCACUUACGACCCAAACCGUGGUCCAGUGGGCCUGUUCUUUAAUUCUUGCCUAACUUAAUUAUUUUCAACAAACUUUAAGUGCCAGGUGGAAUUUAAAUAAUGAAAUUACUUUUUAAAAUAGGUGUCUUUACAAAACAAACAAACAGAGCAAGCUUGUGGCCUGUUCUGCCUCUCCCACCUCCCUUUAAUAGUGAGGGCUUAAUGGUAUUAGCAAUGCAUUCCUACUGGGCUGGCUCUUUAUCAUAGAGGUGAAACUUUGUACAGAACACAAUUUGGCUAGAAAUGGGGAAAAAUAAGGAAACAUCUUGUGAACGCCCUACACACUUAUUUAUUUACCUCUUCCUGAACCAUGAACUUCCAUAUCUGGGAUUUUGCUAUAUUGACAGAUUCUUGUCUGUGUUACUCUGGGAUCUCUUGCAGGUCCAUGGCAAUUACUGUUCAUGAUUUCUUGAAAAGAAUAUUUUUUUAAAAGAAAACUAUUUUUUUUUAAAUACUUGAGAAACAGUGGACUAGGAAAGCAUGAACUUAACAUCUUGUCCAGUGAUUGUACUCGGUGACUGGGCAGAAAGCCUUCACGGUUCAGGGGAUUAAGUAGGCUGUCCAGAAAACAGAUCGGAGGCAGGUGGGAGGGGCCUUUGCCUUGCAAACAGGGCCCCAAAGAAGCAAGGUUGUUGUGUAUGGCAACCCUGCUGUCACACAGGUCACUUUUAAUGAGGGCAGGGCCUGAUGUCUUUUGUACUGAGGAGGAUAAUUCCCUCUUGUUUGACAAGUAGAGGUUAGUAGGUUGUUACAGAAAGGGCAGGAGUUGUUUUGGUUUUGUUUCUUUCAAAAGAAUUCUUUUUUUGCAAAAGAAUAAUAAGGGUUGGACAAAUGGGAGGUCUUCCAGAUCUUCCAGUGUGCUCUUGGGGGUUUGCUCAGCGUCUGAAAAUGUGGGUGGGCAAUUUUGCCAAAACUCAUUGCAGACCAGUGUAAAAAGACACCUCCCCCAUCUUUUUUUUUUUUUUUUUUUUUUUUUUUAUUGGCUAAUUACUUGGCUUGGCUAGCCUUGCAAUUCACCAGAUUCAUUUACAGACUUUCUGCUCUAGACUGUGCUGUGUGUAUGUGGCUGUACUUGUAUUGUUGACUAUCUUGCCUUAAUCACACUUUAGGGCAACUCGUGAUGGUGAUUUCUUCCAAGAUUUGUUUUUUAAGUUGUUUGUACUGAGCCCACAAUUUUCAAAGAACCUUUUUUUUUUUUUUCUUUUCUCACAUUCCCUCUGUCCCUCUUCCAGCAGUCUUCUUGCCUUCCUUGCCUGUGGGCAUGGUCUUCACAGGGAGUGGCCUCCUGGCUUCAGUUAUUGCAGGGAAUGGAAACCAACAGUGAUUGAUUGCCUAUACUGUUUUUCCAAGAGGGCCACACUCAGAACUUUACUACUGUGACCAUUUCAAUGUUGAUAAGAAGAUGAAUUUACCAUAGUGUUACUUUUUUUUUCAUUUGAUGGUUAUUGACUUUGUAAAAAUUUAAAUAAAUGAAUGUCUAUACUUUUUAAAGAAAAGUGAAAAUACCAUGCCACAGAAGAAAUAAUACUAUCAGAUGCUGUUUAGAAAGCAUUUAUCUUGCAUUUCUUUAUUCUUUCUAAUUGCCUAAAAUUCAAUAAAAGUUUAUUCAUAUAAAAUGUGUUGUCAUUAAUUGUCAUAGUAGUAAUGGAUCCAUGACCUUUAAUUUAAUGCUCCCUUGGUGUUAUAAGCAUUCCUCUACUCUGUAAAAUAAUAUCCGUAAUUGUUUUCAUGGACAUGUGGCAUUUCUAAAGUGACUUAACUUUUCUUGUAUUAGACUUCUAAGUGAAUUCUAGUUGUCACUUCAAGGACUGGGCAUGUAAUGACCAUUUUUGAACAUCUAGCUUUUUCCACAUCAUUCAUCUGAAAGUUCCUGAAAACAGGUGUUAGACCAGAAGUUAACCUCUAAUCCCCACCUGCCCAAGGACCAGGUAACUUCCUGGAGAUCUUGGAAAAUAGCAACAAAGCCUCGUGGGAAAGUACAGUGGCCUGUGACUUUUGCCCAUAUAAAUUCAAUCAAAACGUGUCUCAAGGCCACUUACCUCGGAAAUUUCCAGGUGAUGGUCCUGACCAAAAUUCCAUCUUGGUCAGUAUUUAUGUUUUUACUAAAAGCUUGCAUAAAUUUGGCCUAAAUGGUAGGCCUGUUUUUUUCUGCUAAAUUUCAGGAUUAACACAGGACCCAGGCUGUUUUCACUACUGAAUCCAUCAUCAGCUACCACAGUGAGAUCUGUGAGCACUGCAUACAUAAAUGACUGAGGAUUCUGAGCUAAAUCAAAUUAGGGGCAUGAUUGAAUGUAAUUUCUGAUAUAUGUUGGAACACAUUUUUCUUUUUUUUUCUUUUUUUUUUUUUUUGGUUUUUCGAGACAGGGUUUCUCUGUGUAGCUUUGCGCCUUUUCUGGAUCUCACUCUGUAGACCAGACUGGCCUUGAACUCACAGAGAUCCGCCUGUCUCUGCCUCCCGAGUGCUGGGAUUAAAGGCGUGCGCCACUGCCCGGCUCGGAACACAUUUUUCUAAAAUAAAUAUGAGACUUUGUUUUCCAAUUUUUCUAUUGAGAUAACAAUAGUGUAUUUAUAGGCAGAUGUAAGAAACAUAAAAACCACAAAUCCCUUUAACUUAAUUUCUCUGCCCAGAGACAUAUUUAAUAGCUAUGAUAUAUCACAAAUGAAUAUUAAUAAACUCAUUAAUCUUAUUCAGAAUUCAAAUCCUGCAUUUUCAUUCAGUUGUGGGUAUAUAUUAAUAUACUUUUAAUUUGUGAGGCAGGUUCUUACUGUAUAGUCCAAGCUGGUCUUGAAGUUGUAGACUUUCUGUAUCUGAGUGUCAAGUGUUGGGAUUACAGGCAUGCCCCAUCAUACCUGGCUUUAGUUAUAUACAACUUUAUCAUGUGUACUGUAGAUUCAUUUGACCAUCACAACAGCUGAGAUAUCAUAUUCCUUGUGAUACUCUUUCAUAGUCAUAAUCACCUCCCUCUUUGCAGGCCCCUGAUACUUGGAAAACUACUGCCCUGCGCCCCAUAUCUGCCAUUUUGUCAUUUUGAGAAUAGUGUAUAAAUGGAAUAAAGUAUGCAACUUUUAAGAAUUAGCUUUUUCUCAAGAUCAUUAACUUGAGAACCAUCCAUGUUGUUGGUUGUUGCAUAUAUGAGAAAAUUGUUUCAUUUUUUUGCUGAGUAGCAUUCUAUGAUAUGAAUACACCCCAGUUCAUUUAACCACUUAUCCACUGAAAGAUGGGGAAGAAAUUUUGGUGGUUUCCACUUUUGUCUAUCAUGAAUAAAUCUGCAAAUAUUUAUGUACA